AUGAAGACGACUGAUGGACACAAGUACUACCCUCCAGAUAAGUGCACCUACCACUUAGCUGUACUUGUUGAUGCAACAUCUACUAUCGACUUCUUGUCAGACGUUCCUGUGACCUCAUUUGACUUGCUAUAUUCCAUACUCUCAAUAUUUUCUCAUCGCGAGCUUCUCGGAAUCAGCCUAUUAUGGCUCUCUGGGUCUUCUGAUGCAACCCCCCUGAUCUCAAUGCUAUCCAUCCUACGCCGAGGUCUUGGUAACCACACCCGAGCGAUAGACAUUCUUCAGCCUGGUACCCCUUGCUGCCGCAUAUCCUCCGAUGUCUUCUGCGACCGUAGCCAGGCCUCUGCUUUGCAGCUAUGA